GCCAGUAUCAUGUCGUUGCUCACAUCAUGGAAGGAGGCCAUGUCCCGCGCCACCGGCAGUGGCGGUGACAGCGACAGCAACGACGAUACACAGCAGGACGGAGUGAGGACAGGUGCGUUUCCGGGCGAGGAGAAUGAUGAGAACGAGCAAUUGGACGUGGGGGCGUCAACGAUUCCGGCCCCGCAAGGUGGCGCUGUCAACAUCUUCUUCCGACGUCUCUCGUCGUUGGGCAAGCCCACCAAAGAUAAGAUCGAAGACGACACGAAUGGACGGCCCCAGGACUCUCCAUCGCCGCCGUCUAACCGACGGCGUUGGUCGCUGCGCAAGUUCACCGACGACCCAUUCAAGGCCAUCAGGAUGACCAAGGACGACGAAGCUGUGGCAACAGGGACAGACGGGUCGCAGCAGCCAUCCCCAACAAACUCGUCCCACCGACACCUUUGGUCACUGCUUCCAAAACUCACCGAGAGCCUCAACAACGCAAAGCUCGAAGGUGUUGCCACGCCCGACGACAACCACCAAGACUCACACGACGCGCCGAAAGGGACUCCAAGGUCUGCGAAGACGUCCCCAGUCAACGCUGACCCUCCUGUCAUCGUGGUCGACAAGCGAUGCAUCCGCGACAUUCAAAGCGAAGCUCAGCGUGUGUGUUCGGUAAUUAGCGGUGAUGUGAAGCGGCAUCUCAAGAUUCUACGAAGCAUCGAUCCGACCAACCCAGUGCUCGCCGAUAUCAAAGCAGCAAUUGCCGAGGCCAACGUGUGGUUGGCAGAGUGCAUUGCGCCGACGGACGGAAGCGAGGACGACCGGCUCAAGUUAGCCAAGAUCACGCAGCAGUUCCACGCCGAACGCUGCCUCUUGCAUUCGAACACGAUGGCGCGCAAUGAGAUCAAUCGGCUCAGCGACUUGGCGACCAAGAAUGCGGUAGCUGCUCGCAGGGACCACCCCGUGGGGGAUGCCGCGCCCACACUGCAUCGCACCAGGUCGUUCUAAUUCACUGAACACGUUGAUGCCAUGCUGCCACGUCAUGCACCUAUGAACGAGCGCCGCUGAUUUUCUAUUUUUAACAACCAAUCAAAACCGUGUAUGGAC